AAACGCGCCAAGCGAGCGCUCCUCGUCGGCGGAAGCAGCAGCAGCAGCAGCUUUCCUCUUGACUUCGCAGCUUGCACGCGCGUGAGCGCCUGCGUGUGUGCCUUGCCGCGUUCGCUUCUCAGAGGUGUGUGCGCGCGCGCGACCAUCUCCAUCUCUCCUCCCGCGAUUGAUGCCACUCUUCUUCGCCGCGUGUCGCCAGCGCAACCAGAAGGAGGGAGAGAAAACCCUUCCUUGAUAGGAGGAGAGGAAAGAACCCUCCGAAGUGCCCGUCGGUCGUCGCCUUGGUUUUCGGUUCCUGCAGUCGCCCACACUCCGCGGGAACGCCCUCCCCCAAUCUCGAGAGAAAGAGAGAGGGGGCGCGGGACGUUUCCAGCCUCACCUCCUUGCUUGCUUUCCUCCGCGGGCAGCUGUGACGCCGUCGACUUCGACGACGACGACUACGACGCCGCCGCGACGGCGGCAACGGCACCGUUAGAAGAGGGAGAGCGAAGCCCCGUUCGCGUUGCCUCACGCCUCCCAGCAUCCGCCGCCAUCAUGGCCAGCCGCUUGACGCCGGGUCCCACCGCAGCGCCGCGGCGCACCGCCGCGUCCGACGCCGGGCUGUCCUAAAAGCCAUCGGAACGAACAGAACCGCCUGGCCGAAUCUCACGCUGCUGCCAUCGACGCGAAGCAGAAAGGUAGGGGCGCGACGCGACAGGGGCCCGUCGGAACUUCGUACUUGCGAGACCGUCAGGUGAUUUCGAGGACGCCCGAGGUUCCUAUACGCGGGCACGGAAGGACGGGGCACGUCGAACGCCGACGCACCGCCUUUGUGUCAGCAUGUCGACGACGACCACGACGACGAGGAGGACUUGGUGCGCGCGUCGCCCGCGGCAGUGUGCGACGUCUGUGCUCCUGGUAGGCCUAGCGACGGCUAUCGCCGUCGUGCCGUGCGUGGUCGUGGCUCAGGACCCGCCGCACUACCCGGCACGCCAGUUUCGGAUAACGACCACGACGACGACCACCACCACGACGACGGCGGCGCCGGCGUCCGUCGCGCUGUCGGCGGCAUCAGCGGGACUGCGUUGUGACUUUGAGGAGUCCUGUGGCUGGACUUGGAACGCCGGUUUCGCGCUUGCCAGCUCGUCGAACAGCAGUGACGUGACACCGGGCCGCGCCAAGGGUCCGGCCCCUGUGCUCGGAGUCUCGUCGCCUGCCGCCGACUCCGCGCGCAAUGUUUCAGGCCACUUCCUGUACUACGGGGUCCGGGAAGGUGCAGCAGCGACGGCGGCGCCGGGUAACGUGUCCUCCCCGUGGCUCCGGCAGGCGGCUCUCCAGCGCUGCACCCUCGUCUUCGACAUGCACGCGUCCAACAUGGCCGACGGGGCCGUCGCGGUGCUCCUCACCAACCCUAACCACACCUGGGAAGUGCGCAAGGUGCCCGGGAACUCGCUCGGACUAUGGCAAACGUUCCAAGCCCCACUUGGAAGGCAAGAACCGCCCUUCGUAGUGACCGUAGAAGUUCUGCCCGGGAAAUCCGCACCUGGUCACCUAGCCCUAGAUGGUAUCCGGCUGGACAACUGCGUAGAACAACCGAGGCGCGUCGGGACUUGUCUAGAAACGCAGUUUCGCUGCUCCAAUUCCACCUGCAUUGACCUCCAAGAAGUCUGUGACGUCCGCGUCAACUGUGCUGACGGGGAAGACGAGAAACAAGGAUGCGAACAAGUUCCGAGGGGCGCCCGGUGCUCCUUCGAAGAACUGGACGGCGAGAUGGACAGCAGCGACCCAACGAUAUGCGGCUGGAGGAACAAGCUUCGCUCCGGUAGUGGAGAGUGGCGCCGCGUAGCUGCCGCCAACGCAACGUCCAAGUACGCGCCCGCGCACGACCACACCACCGACAGCUCGAAAGGACACUACAUCUGUGCCGCGGGGAAGGCGUUUGGCCACGCUGCCGUGCUGGAGAGUCCGGAAUUCCCGAAGCUGCCCUACUACCACAUGAACCACACUUCGGUGUACUUCAAUUCCUGCCACGUUCGGCUGCACCACUACGCCGACCGCACUCUGCGUCCAUACGGCCUGACGUUGUACGCCGUCGAGCGGGACCCACGGCACGCGAGCGGCCUGCGCCACGAGCUGUGGUCAGCCUCGAUCAAGGACGACGCCGCGGGCACCUGGACUCGGGUGGUGCGCGCGCUGCCCGCCCUGCGGCACCCGUUCACGAUGCAGCUAGUCGCCCAGUCGGCUGUGCGCCGCUGGGGCUGCAUCGCCGUCGACGACCUGACAUUGGGACCCGAGUGCUUCGGCAUCGGUGUGCCGGAAAACGAAACCAGGGAAUAUCCGACAGACACCAGUAACGAUGACGCCAUCCUCGAAGCUCCGCCACCCGAGAAGAUCUACGAGGGGAACAUCACGAAGAGCUACGGCUUCGGCUCGUGCGGCGUGCGCGGCCGGUUCGGGCCCACGCCAGCGGACUGCGCCGCCUGGUACGCCAACAGCAGCACCCGCGUGGCGGUGCUCACCAAGAAGCAGCAGGCGGGCGUCCAGGUGUGGACGGUGCCGGACUCGGGCGUAUACACCGUGUUCGUGCGCGGCGCCCGUGGAGGUCUGGGCCUGAGCCGCGCGUGCAACACUUCGGGCGCCCUGAUCCGGGCCACGUUCCGGUGGGAGCACGGCGACCGCAUCCACAUCAUCGCCGGACAGCGCGGCACCGACGCAUGCGAGAACCCAAAUCCCAGGAUUCAGGACAGCUGCAGCAAAACGAACAAGCGCAGUGCAUUGGAGAACAUCCAGGCCAUAUCGCGUGGCGGAGGAGGCGGAGGAGGAGGUGCCUCGGCCAUAUUCAGGGUGGACACCAGAACCGGCGACGCCGUGCCGCUCGUGGUGGCCGCGGGGGGCGGUGGCCACUCCGCCGCUGCCGCGGCGUCGGCGGGUACUGCGUACGCGGGCGUCGCGGGCAGGGGUUUCCAGGACAACCAGCCGCCGGGUAACGGCCUCUCCGCCCCCGAAGGCAAAGGACCCGGCGGCGGGGGCGGCUGGAACGACAGCGCCGCCGCUGAGAGCAGUGCGACCGACGAGCCUACGGCUGGCCGUCCACUGAUGGACGGCGCCGCGGGGGGAUCGGUGUGCGCCGAGGCUGCCCUGUGGAACACCGCCGGAGGGUUUGGCGGCGGGGGCGGAGGCUGCGCUGGUGGAGGAGGCGGUGGAGGCUGGAAGGGAGGCGACGCGGCCGUCACGGACACGGCUCAGCGCAGCGGCCACGGGGGAACCUCGUACGUGCACCCGAGCCGGCUGGAGGCCGCAUUCCUGCCCACGCCGUGUCGCCUUGGCUCUGCCGCUUCGACGGACGCGGACGACGCUAAGCCGCACCCCGGCAAGGGUCUCGGCGACGCGAUGGUGGUGAUCGUCUCGGCGACCGACGUCCGCUGUCCGUGCCGGCACUUCUGCCUGACCCGCACCCUGUCGCCGGCCACCUUCAAGUGCGCAUGUCCCAUUGGCUUCAGGCUGGCACGUGAUGGCCACAACUGCCACGCUGCUUCCGGCGACGCGAGAACCAACGGCGAGUACAAGUUGCCCACGCACCACCUCGUAGUCAUCAUCCUCUGCAUCCUGGUCACGGUGGCCAUCAUCCUCUUCUUCGUCGUUGGAUUUCCUCGGUGUCCCGGUUCCCGCAAGAAGCUGCCUUCGUCGCUCAGUCCCGAGCCUCUGGGCGGCAACAACCCGGAGGUCCAGCUGAGCAGGCUGCGACAGGCCACGGGCAUGGUGACCGAGUUCAACCCAAACUACGAGUUCGGAGGCUCCACCUGCACGCUGCAGGACCUGACCGACAUCCCGCGCGAGAGCCUCACCCUGGUCAAGGCCCUGGGACAGGGCGCAUUCGGCGAGGUCUACCAGGGCUUCCUGCUGCCAACAACCGUUCCGCCCACUUCGCCGACUACCGGCGAAGCACCGUCUCCAGUGACAGAGAUUCCAGUUGCCGUGAAGACGCUGCCGGAGCUUUCGUCACCCGAGUCGGAGAAAGACUUCGUCACGGAGGCCUGCAUCAUGAGCAAGUUCAACCACCCGAACAUUGUCCGUUUCAUUGGCGUCUGCUUUGAGAAGAUGCCACGUUUCAUCGUUCUCGAACUGCUGCCCGGUGGAGACCUCAAGUCAUUCCUUAGGGAAUCGCGGCCAAAACCGAGUGUCCCGCCGAGUCUCACGAUGACAGACCUCCUGAAGUUAGCCAUCGACGUGGCCAAGGGAUGUCAAUACCUGGAAGACAAGCAUUUCAUCCACAGAGACAUUGCCGCACGCAACUGCCUGCUCACGACCAAGGCGCCGGGAAGGGUGGUCAAGAUCGCAGAUUUCGGCAUGGCCAGAGAUAUCUAUCGUGCGGACUAUUACCGGAAAGGGGGCAAGGCGAUGCUUCCGGUCAAGUGGAUGCCGCCCGAGGCCUUCCUGGAUGGCAUGUUCACCAGCAAGACGGACGUGUGGUCCUUCGGCGUGCUCCUCUGGGAGGUCAUGUCCAUGGGGUACAUGCCCUACCCGGGACGAGGCAACCAGGAAGUCAUGCAGCUGGUGACGUCGGGUGGUCGCCUGGAGCCCCCGGCGAACUGCCCGGGACCUGUGUACCACGUGAUGACGCAGUGCUGGCACGCAACGCCAGAGGAACGUCCUUCGUUCGGCACCAUUCUCGAACGGCUGGGAUACUGCAUACAGGACCCGGACGUGGUGUCGGCGCCGCUGCCGGUCUUCCACCGGCCUCCCUCCAUGGAACGCGACGCUACGGUCAUGAGGCCGCCCAACGCCGACAACGUCUGCCUCCAGGUCUACCGGUCCGAGAGAUCCGAGGUCCAGUCUCCCGGCUCCGAGGACUACCUCAUCCCAAUGCCGUCGUCGAACUACUCGCUGAGCACGGAACGAACGGAGCUCCAGUCCGCCUCUUCGUCGCUCGACUCCAUGGACAAGCUGCUCGGCGGAAACGGCAACCAGGCGAGCGUCAAGCCCUCCGCGCCUGACAAGACGACAACGUGGGAGACGAGCUUCACCACGACACCACCGGACGAGCUACCCAUCCGGGCACCCCUGCAGCAGCCGUACUCCAACGUGGCGCUCAACUGUUAGUUUCGGGGCCUCCGUAUGUCGAGAGACAAAAAAAAAAACGUGACGGACGUGCUGGACAGAUGGUCUGGCGCGCCUUUCACCGCUUCCCUUAAAUGUGAGGGAGAUGUACGCGGCGCUCGCCGAAAUAUUGCCGCCCUUUCUUUACAAGACACAGGUGAAGGGGCUGGCGGUUUUGCAACGUGUCCUUCUGCUUGGGACAUGACUUUGCGAAAGAGGGCAAGUUCCUUGUUUAACUUUGUGAAAUGUCAGAAAGUAUGUCAAGGAAGUUGACUUUGGGACUCGGGGUGGCGACUAGGGGAGGCCGGUCCGCUUGCCAUGUUCGUUUGAGCUUUGGUGCGAAUAACUGGUGUUUUCUCGGAAAGGUUCCUCCGUAGUAGGACUAGAUGUUGGCCUUGCUGUUGAGUCUCGCCUACGCUUUUCUGCCCUUUAUUGCAACCGACAACUGAAAAGACAGCAGAACUACGACAUGUGAAGAACACAGAGACAGUCUAACCAAGAAAGGCUUGCCACGCUAUCACAAUGCGUGCGAACGAUAGAACUGCUGUAUGAUCUAGAGAUCGGUCAGGUCUGAAAUUUUCCAUGCUUUUAUUUCAUGAAUAUGUAUGACUGGCACGAGUUCUGCCCAGUGUUCCGGUGCUUGUGCAGAUGAUUUUUUUUUUUCAGAAAGGAGUUGGUUAGGAAGGGCACUGGCAACACGUCAUUCAUUUGCUUGGAACUUAGUUCGCGAAUGCUGAAGCCAAAAAAAAAAAGCAGAUGAAGCAGGUCAGUUCGCAUUUACACCUCGUGACACCAGUUUCGCAGGGAUAGCGAUGCCUAUGGGUUUCAUGCCGGCGCUCAGAGUUCCUCUAAGCUGAGCUCGGGCAAGAAAUGAGAGGCAGCAGACUGACGAAGCAAGACUUUCUUAUAAUGCGGGCCAAUUCAACUUCAAAGUCAUGUCGGUGCACGUUUACAUGCCGUUUCCCCUAACGACUAGAGCAGAAAUGGUUAGUGUUCAUCGUUGUAUGUGUAUACGGUCUUCAUUUCCUUGUGGUUAAGUGAACAGAACCCAACGUGAACGAUAUCUUAAGAUGCCGGAUCUCAGAGAGAAGUCCUAGUGUACUGUUUUUCGUGUCCACUUCAACUUUUACUGGAGUAGACGCCUCAGAGUGACGUAGUGAGAAACCCUAUAAAGCAACGUCGUCCAUACAGACACGAACAAACCUUGAGUUAGAGUCCCCGAACGCUUUAGCGUGCCUGCGUUGACUGGAUUGCCAGCCUAUUUCAGAGACAGGAUACGACCGCUCUUCUACCCUGUUGUAGUUUGUGGUGGAGGGAAGGAGUAAAGCUUUGUAAGGGGCAUGGGAACUAAACCCGGACCACUAGGUCCGUUCACACUAGAAACUUGAGCAGCGAGUCUAGUGUGUGCACGCUGCAGUUGAGGUCCUCCACACGAAUGCGUCCAUUCGUAGUAGCUUGUCGGGAGCAUGUUGUUCGGGACAUUGCCUAACAAAAGGCUGCUGCCUACGUUACCAGGCUUCGUGAUAGGGUUCACAGACAUGGCUGGACCUGCUCGCAAGAGUGUCCCAAUGUUGGCCCAUCAGGGUCUCUCGUUCCUAGCAUAUAUGUUCUUGUUCACUCGUUUCAGACGCUUCGACGAUUCUUAUUUUUGUUGGUCGCGGUUAUGAGUGGGUGGUUCUUGUGAUAAUUUUAUUUGUGUAAACACUUACUCUGACUCGACCCCUCAAUUCACAGUCCGAUAACCUCUUGCAGCUUUCAUAGUUCUUGCUUGUUAGAAAGCUGAACCGGGCGCUAGGGGCAUCACUGUGGUUUACGAGACCGGCUGUUCAAGAAAAGGAUCUCAGUGUGAAUACUUAUCUAUAAUUCUUUUGUUGGCGGUUACCAGCGAACAAAGGUGAUUCAAACCUGUGCUUACUUUAAUACAUCCUGAAAUUGUAUGUCAAGUCAAUUGUUUGGCUCCCUUAUUGUUUGUCCCACCCUCGCAGAUAGUGUGAGUAAUGUUAGCUUUGUUUGCAGUUCAGCAAAGUUGUUUAGAGCAAGUCGCCAUUUAUGAUCUCAGGGCUAUCUGCGUACUGCUUUGCUUCAGUCAAAGAUACAUUGUAGGACAGUCGGUGAUGGAGUUUAGUGUCACUCAGUUGCGACGAUUGCAGCACGCUGAAGCUUAUUUCACAUCGUUUCUAUUUGUCCGAACAUGGUGUAAAAAGUUAUUGCCGGUUACGUUACUUCUGGCAUGACUGUCCAGCGUGACUCUCAGCGUUAUUAUGUUGAGUCUCGCUUUCUUCGUCAGAACAUAAGACGAAAGCGCAAGAUGUUGGUCCCUGCUUUCAAGUGUUGUCCCUUCACUUGAGAUUUUGAGUCGUUAUACUGCGUUAGCCAGUUGGUGACACGGAAAGAAAGUUCAUAGUACCUGAUGUUCAACUCGCGCGCGCUUAAAAAGCAUUACGACGUACUAGUCACACGUGACCGCGAACCCCGUCGCCACACCUUGCGGCACGAGCUCGUGAUGUCACUUUCAUUUAUGUUUAGAAAUUAAAAAAAGGAAAGCCAGUAGAGCGUCAUUCCCAUCUUUCACGUUGAGUUCAAGUUGUUUGUCCUGUUUCUUAUAUUUUCAUUAUUUCACGUUUAUGUCGAAGUGUCACUGCAAACGCGGAAGAAAAACGGUGUCAGGGCAGCUUUGGUAUGCUCCACGAAACCAUCCCAUCUCUACGAUUUAGAUUUCAAAUUUCCAGUUUGGGCGGGCUUUCAUGUGGAAAACAGCUAUGCAUAAACUUGUCACAGUAAGAGUGCUAGCCGUGGUAUUACUUUGCCGAGGUAACCACCACAAAAAAUAACCGAGAAAACACGCGCAAGUCAAAGACCAUUUGACUUGUUACAGACCUUCUCUUAUUCUGUUCCUUGAUUGUGUUUUUUCUGCUGUUUGUGGAUCUUUUCGGUUACGUAAAGACACCAAAUUUCCUAUCAUGACGCCAAUUAAUAGUCAAAUAACUAAAGUUUUCUCUCGACUAAUACUUGGAUACACGCGUGUUACUGGCAGCGUUAGCGCUGUAGUUUUAAACGUCCGAUAGCAUUUGGAGAAGUUAAAGCGAGUGUUGCAAGUGUAAUUAUUGCCUCCAGCAAAACUUGUGGGUGAAAAUACCGCCAUUGCGCCCUGGAAAAAUUGCGCCUGUGUUGCCUUAUUAAAUAUGUUAUAAUAUAUAUCUGUAGCAGCCACACCGUGAAAUAAUUAUAUGCACGGCAUCAGUUUAAAGCUGUCACCAAAAUUUGUUUGAAUAGGGGCCUCAAUAAAGGUCCCGUAUAAUAGGAGUCUCGUUUGAAAGUCCCUUGCAUUAUUUGUCGAGAAAAUACUAAACACAGCAUGCAUAAUAUCGGAAGUGUGAGUAGCUAUGGAUUCAAAUACCCACACUACACUAGUCUCAUUCUUGUUAUGGUUCGUUUCCUUGCCCUCCGCAAUAUUCAUUCAAAGAGAGCAUCGUUUUUUUUUACAAUAGUUUAUCCAAGUUUUCUUGGUUAUUAUUAUUAGACAUGCUUUUACAAGAGCCUAAAAUCUUGGCACCAUUUAGGCGAAUACCACAAAAGUGACCCACUCUUAACUGUGUCGUAUGCUCGGCGAGCAGACGAAGACUGAAAUUUGGCUAUGAUAACUGUACUGGGUUGGUACGUCUUGGGCAUUGAAAGGGAACUAUCAUACCACAAGCUGUUAUCGCAAGACUAUAGAAAGCACGGCGGCAUUUCUACAUUCAGAGUGUGGUGAAAAACUUUGUGCCCUAUGAAAGAGGCGUUGCAGAAGCAGCAAUCACUGCACUCGUUUUCCAGGCUAACGCUGCCUGCUGCAUGAUCAACAACACCACCACUCCUGCGCUUCAGUACGUCGUCAUGACGUCAAGUUAUGACGUGGACCUCGUUGGGGACAUGACGUGUCGUUCCUUCAGUUUUCACACGCCACCUCCAACAAUGCUGAAGCAUGCAGCUGCAGCAGAUGCAGGGCCCUUUUCGCGCACAAAGCGCCGCUGGUUGUGGUCUGCCAAUACACGCCGCGUUCGUUAAGAAGCCGAGGUGAAAAAGACUCGUACUGUCUGAACUUGUUACCAAAUGGUAACACGCUGUCUUACCGCGCUUCUCACGUAAAGAUUAACUUAGCACCCUGAUCUCCUUUUCAUCGCUCCCACUUGUUUCGUAAACCACGAGCACUGGGACUGUGCACACAUCCUGUAUAGUGACGUGAUGUUGGCCUCGCUACGUUCCUGGAGUGUGGUUUUUAUGCCUGCCCUUUCCCUGCGCCAUUACAACACUCGCGAAUUUCUCAACACACAAACCAGACGGGCUAGCUGUCUCAACGGGUCCCUAGCUAAGCGCAGCGGCUCUACCUUGUGCAGAAUGCGAUCAAAGUUGCGACAGGUUCGCAGAGUCCUCUUCGACAGGGUGCUGAGAUUUUCCUUCCGGGUGCUACAUGUGUUUCGAUUCGAACGAGCCGUUCACCAUAUGCUGUCUGCACUUAUUUUGUUCGUUGAACUGAGAAUGACCACAGGAUCAAGUGUGCCCAGGAAUGCAGCAUUGUUAGGUUUGUCACGCUGUCAAAGUGAAGUCAUGGCGUCUUCAUUGCGUAAAUGAAACGAAACCCUGUCAAGCAGAUGGGGUGUACAAAAUAUUGGCCCGUAGAUUCCGAUCUUUCUUGUUUUUGAGUACGAGAUAAGACUGCUUUGGUGUUCUUUUUAAUGAGCGUUUCUACAUUGUCACUCUAGAAUAAUUAUUUAAAACAAAAACACUCACCACGAAAUGGGUUUUCCUACCAAUGUUUUUUUUUCUAAACAUAUCGAGGUAUCUUGCAUACUAUGGAAAUUCGCAUGAUGUUGGUGGUAUGAAAAACAUUACACGCCAUCGAAUUUGGACUCUUUUACAUGAUGUUAUGUAAGCUGUGGGUUUCUAAUUGAUCCGUUUCUCCACAUUAAGUGCCACUUGCGGAAGGAUAACAUCAUUGUUAUUUUUUUUAGCAAGACAACUUCGAGCCAUGUUUUAGGCUUAACACGACCCUACGUUUCUGGGCAGUGUUAAAACAAAACGCAAACUGUGCCAAACUAAAAUAGCAGCACCAUGCGCAGCCUGACGUGAUUCAUGAUGCAUCAAUGAUAAUUGAACGGUGAAAUUGAAAAAAAAAACGCGAUCAGCCUUUUGUGCAGCGUUGCUAGUUAGUCUGUGUAGAUGCUUUUCGUGCUUUCAUCAUUGUUGUGAUUGUGCUCGAGACUUUGUGUGGCGAAUCGUUCGUGGAUUGUGCUCAGUUAUUUUGUUGCUGUUAUUUUGUGGCGACUGUUCUUGUACAUACAUGGAGUUCAACUAGUCUGUGAAUGCCGACACCAGUGCUGGUGAAAGUCAAACACCUUAUCGCUGAGAUGAUCUAUUGCGGUGAGAUCUAUACCAUUGUAGUGCUCCAACUAAUCAGAUGUGUCGUGCUUGUUGCACAUACAUACAUACAUACAUAAUCCACAUACAUACAUACAUACACAUACAUACAUACAUACAUACAUACAUACAUACAUACAUACAUACAUACAUAAAUACAUACAUACAUACAUACAUACAUACAUACAUACAUACAUACAUACAUACAUACAUACAUACAUACAUACAUACAUACGCAUUGCAUAGUGAAAAGGUGGCAUAAAUACCUGUGAUUGCUAUAGAGGCGCCACACAAGCGUAUACAACCGGUCAUGUGAGCGUGCCACGUGACCUGGGGCUGGUGCUUCGUCAAAUCUAAGGCGCCUCCGCGAUGAACUCUCGUGCGUAGACAUGAAGUCCGCGUUGCCGCACUGUGUAUGUAUAUAUCGCAUGGCACACGUAGUGUAAAGCCGUGGAGCGCCAAAUGCAAGGACACGUAACUGGAAGUGAACGUGCGCUUCAUUCAAGAUUGUCAGAACCUGCUGAAGACCACACAGAAAUCUUAGUUUUGCUGGGUAAAAAGCACUGAUGUCAUCCUGGAGGAGAUCACGCCAAACGUUCAUCCACCGGAAACAAAUAACUUCAGUAUCGUCUGUCCGGUAUCGCUUUCAGAAAAAACUGGAUUUUGCUCUUUUCUUUCUUCUUUCUUGAGACUCCACCUCAUUUGAACGUCCUUUUGAACGUCCUCAUUUGAAGGUCUUAAGGGGUGGGCUGCACUGAGUACGUCACGCCAUAGUUGCUUUUUGUUACAUCUGAAAUAAUCGUCAAAGCGACAGUUAAUUAUCCGUUUUCUCUGAAUGCUCGCCUAUUUUUAUUCUCACAAUCGCUCUGGUACCUAAAAGGUUUGUGGCAGAUUUUCUAAAGUCACGGCAGGACUAUAAUGGUGCCGCAGUUUUUACACUGCCGUUCGAACUGAGGCACACUCUACGCGCCUCUUCUUUUUUCCCACCCAAGCGAAUAAUGACAAACUAUCACGACAAGUGAGUAAGGAGGCUCUUAUUUUUCUAUGACAAAACAGUGAGUCUACUCAGGUGAAACUCAUUCGUCGACGUGUAAGCUAUCUGGCAUACUAUUUUCGUUUCUACUGAGCCAAUAAGCCCACACUGGAACAACUAUGACAACCUGCCAGAAGUAGGAGUGCCGGGAGAGGUGGUAGCACGAACCAUAGCUUCCGACACCCGAUCUCGAAGGCAUGCACAGACAAGUUUCCUGCUAGGAUUACCAGAGGGAACUCUGGCGCUGUAAUCAUGCAGCUACCGUGGGAAUGAAUAGUACUUGGAAUUUGUCUGUUCUUCGUGCUUGUGGUUUGAGACGUUCUUGCGCCUUUAUUUACUAUGCUGCAUCUGCUUUUUAUCGGCACGAAUACCGAAGCAAUCCUGCUUUUGUAUACGCAGAAGGCAUGAAGACUCCACGUACGUGCAUAACCAUGGUGAAUUGUCCCGUUUGUAACGCGACAUGUUGUUGAAGAUGAUCCAUUUACAAAGUCACAAAGCCAUUCGAAACGAGGACACAGUUUAAACAAAUCCACUAACCCUCAUUCUAACGCUGGCUGAAAUAACAGGUAAUAUAAAAGCGCUGGGCUUAUCCACCACGUUUGCAGCUCUCGUAGGCACUAGCGCCAGAAUUUCCCCUGGUAAUUUUUGUAGGAAACUACAUGGCAUAAACAAACCAUGGCCUCCGAGACUCUGCGGAGUGCACUUUGCCAACUAAUCUCGGGGCCCAUGGACAGACACUAGCAGCUUUAGACUACUUCCACAGCUAAGCUGUUGGGAGGAGGAGGAAGGGGGGCGCGUCAAGAACUUAUUCUGCUAGUUGAAAAAAAAAAAGGUUGCUUAUAAAUUUACUUAGUAAGCCUUACAUCGAGUUCCAAAUAUGCUGCGCAAUCUUAUGGUACACCCGUGAGCACAUGUUAAGGAAUAAGCGGAGGAGGAAUAAACUUUAUUUAUAGAAAUGAGCUGACGACGAAAUGAACUAAGAUUAAGAAAAACCUGUCGAGCACAGAUUCAGUUCGAAUAUCACAAGAUGAAAGAAACGAGACCACCUGGUUUUUUUUUGUUUUUUUUUCUAGAUUCUGGGGAGACGAGCACUAAUCAAACACAAUCAAGUAGAAGAAAAAAUAGCUAAAGUGAAUCGAUUGGGCGUUAUAGCCAGUACAAAGCAAGAAAAGACAAAAGUGUUUACGACGCGUAUUUCUUGGACGCGCUUCAUGUCAUAGAGAGCAAAAUUGUGUUCUUCCGCACUUGAUUCUUCUAAUGUACGUCCUUAGACAUAAAAGAAAAAAAGAGAGAAAGAAAGAAAGGUGCAUCUUUCUUUUGCAACUGCCUGCACGUUGGCACGUCGUUCACGCUCUGUUUUGUAUGCCAUUGUGCGUGAAUAGUACGUGCGUGCAGAUGCUAAAUAAGGACUAAGUUGCUUGGCCUGAGGCACGUUCACAUACGAAACUACGAUGAUCUCCGCCGCAGAAGCUCCGUGUUGAAAUCGAAAAAGAAAGAAAGAAGCGAGACACGUAUUCGAUAAUUGGUUUAACCAACCGGACGGAAAUGGCAAAGUGUGCGCUCUUUUUAUUGAAAUGUGAUCACUUCUUGCAUAUAAGAGGACGUGAUGGUUGCGGCAGGAAUAUUUAUUGCUUCGAUGUCCUUGGGGGAUUUUUUUUACGUGAGAGUGCGACAGAAAGAACAAGGACAGCUUAUGCCUGUAAAUACAUAGGUGCUGCUCAGCGUAGUUCAUUUGUGUUGGUUGUUUUGUUUUGUCGUUUUUUUUAUUUGUUUCUUGUGUUCUGUGAACAAUAAAGAAGCAUGUUCAUUA